UGAGCUACCUGUGUGAUGACCCGAGAGCAGAAAGGGCCAUAGUGACGUCAUAGCCAUGUAGAGCGUGAUAGGCCCGCCGAGAAGCGAAGGGAAGAAGAGUGCCAUCAUACUCGAUGGAAGUGUGCCAUUAUGGAUUUUGUCCGACUAUGUACAGCAACUGUGUGGUUGUUGUCCAUCCAGACUUCUGGUGCUACGCCUGGAAAGACGCCUCGUGCCGCGAUGCGCUGUAAAUACAACCAGAUUGAAUGGGUUAAACACGGCAAAAUAGUCGCAUGCCAAGCCUGCCCGCAGUGCACCCCGGGAGAGGAGUCCUCGCUAAUGUGCGGCACGAGGAUAGAGUCGGGUACCCUGUCUGUCUGUCGCCCUUGCAAGGAGGGAACCUACUCCGACCGAUUCGAUGCCAUUCCUUGUAAACCCUGCACGCGGUGCUCGACGGGAAGGAUCAUCCUUCGAAACUGUACGUCCACUGAGAAUGCAAAGUGCGGCAAAUGUAUGUCUGGGUAUUAUGAGCUCCCUGUGGUCGCCGACUGCCGCAAGUGCGUCCAGUGUUGUCAUGACGGCAAGGAUAAGGAGACGCCAGGGUGUGCAGUGGUAGGGCUUUGCAUGGAGAGACACGAAGGCUGCCCUGAGACUACACCUAGAACUCCCAACGUUCCCUCGACUUCCCCGGAACCAACCACCAGAAGAUCCACCUCGACCGAGUCCACCUCGAGCCAGAGCACGCCAAGUCCAGCUAGUUCUGUCACGCAAUUAUUAGAUGUCACGCGGAGCAAGACUGGACAUGAUACCUCUAGCGUGACAACUUUGCCAGUUUCGCAGACCCCAACAUCGGACCCAACUACGCAACUACAGAGUGGAGAUUCGAAUACAUAUAAAUACGUAGCAAUAGGUAGUACUAUGGGUUUGGUUAUUGUUGUUCUUAUAGGCUUCUUCUGUAAAAUGAAGGGUAAUUGGAACCAAAACAUACCAUCAGAUGUUCUUUCUGUACAGCUGCCGUUCCUUCAGAGGGACACCGAGGUCGAGUUAAACAAGGCCGUUGAUUGGUUGAAUGGUAAUCUGGGGUCUGGUGCGUAUGAGAACGCGCAGGAUGCAUGCACCGAGCUUGAUAAAGAAAAACGCGGCACAUACCAGUAUGUCGCCGUCGGAGUUCGAUUCCUUAAAACGAAAACGGAACUUGAUCGUCACAGUCACGCGUUCAGAAGGCCAGGUGGGUCUGCAACAUACGAGUUCUUGGAGGCGCUGGUUUCAGAACGCCCAGAUUUAACGGUAAAAGAGCUAGCGGAGAAGAUAAAACCAACCUCGAAUAAAGUUUACGAUUUGAUGAAACCGUACUUCUAUCGCUCUUCCGACCAGGAAGCCGAGGCUUCUACGUAGCAGCUUUGUGUCGUUUGCUCUCAAGGAUCCCAAGAUGGAUAGAGGAGACGCAGCGCCCACUUGUGACACUUGUCGGGAGAGAAAACGACAUUCGGAUCGUGGCAAGGAUCGACAAGGAUCGAUUCACUGAAGACGAACAAGGAUCGAUUCACUGAAGACGAUCAAGGAUCGAUUCACUGAAGACGAUCAAGGAUCGAUUCACUGAAGACGAUUAAGGAUCGAUUCACUGGAGACAAUCAAGGAUCGAUUCACUGGAGACGAUCAAGGAUCGAUUCACUGGAGACGAUCAAGGAUCGAUUCACUGGAGACGAUCAAGGAUCGAUUCACUGGAACCAGGCAAAGGUUGCAGUAAUGAGCAAAGUCAUGAAAAAGAGAGACUGUUUUCGAUAGCAUUUUAAGCUUAUAUGAUAUAUGAUAUAAACAUAAAAGUUGUUAAGUAUAAUUUAGCUUUUAACGAAAAGUAUUAAGUAUUUGUAAGUGAGUGAAUAAUCAUUUCUUGGAAUUUUCCUUACA